AUGUCCAUUUUUUCUUGGAUAGUUGCCAGUCUUCUUAUUGUUGGCAUGAACUCUUACCUAUACUUUAGCAAAACCCUGUGCGCAUUCUUCAAUGGCCAGAGCGAACGCGCACAGAAGCAACAAUGGGUGUUCUGGGCAAUUCCUAUUAUCGCCACAGGUAUCAUGUGGGCCUAUGUCUUGUGGUUCGUCCACGUCACUAUCAAGAUACGCAACCACUCUGGCAAAGAAAAUAAGGAUACUGAAUGGAGCUUUGGACAAGUACUGGCACUCGCUACAUGGGUCCCGUUUAUCGUCGACUUUUUUUACAUCUGUUGGGAGAAUCCCGAGAAAGCGACCGACGGGCGGUUGAUGGACCCUUAUCAUGUUAUUGCUACAGUGCAGACUCCGCAACAAUCAAUCGAUUGA